CCCAGUCGCCGCCGCCAGCGAGGAGCCGCUGCCGCUGCCGCCGCCCCGGCCCCGUGAGCGGCGGGUCGAGCCCCGGCCGCGGAGGGAGAGGACCCGAGCGGCCCGCGCACAGCCCGCCGCCCUCCGGGGAGGCUCGGGCGCCGGCCCCUUCCUCCCCGAGGACGUGAGCUGAGCCGCGGCGCCCGCCCCGAGGGAGGAAAAUGCUCGGGCUCCAUGGCUGCCAGUGAUGGAGCGGUCCCUGGGCUCCCGCCGCCACCGCCAUCGCCGCGCCCCGGCCGCGCUCCGCGAGGACCCGGCGUCUCUGCGCGCUCGCCCGCGCCUCGCCGCUGGGCUCCGCGUACCGGGCGCCCCGCCGCCGCCCCGCUCCGAGCCUCGCCGCCCCGGCCGCAGCCGCGGCCAGCGUUUCCUCCCGGAGCUGCAGCCGCCGCGAGCCCAGGGGGUUUGAAAGGCUCGCCCUCGAAGGCAGGAUCGGCCGGCGCCUCCGGCUGAGGAGCAGCAGCAGCAGCAGCAGUAGCAGCAGGAGGAAUCGCGCGGGGCGCUGCGAGCGUCAGGUCCCAUUUCCCUCCCCGGCGUCUUCAAUACAAAGAUUACGGUGCAGAAGGAGACUGCACUCGCCUCCUCCGCCCCCCGGUACCCGGCACAAUGCACCAGCCGCCCGAGUCCGCCGCGGCCGCUGCAGACAUGAGUGCCAGGAAGAUGGCGCACCCGGCGAUGUUCCCUAGAAGGGGCAGCGGCAGCGCCUCUGCGCUCAAUGCAGCAGGUACCGGCGUCGGGAGCAGCGCCCCAUCUUCCGAGGAUUUUCCGCCUCCGUCGCUGCUCCAGCCGCCAGCUCCUGCAGCAUCUUCGGCAUCGGGCCCACAGCCUCCGCCUCCACAAAGCCUGAACCUCCUCUCGCAGGCUCAGCUGCAGGCACAGCCUCUUGCACCAGGAGGAACUCAAAUGAAAAAGAAAAGUGGCUUCCAGAUAACCAGCGUCACCCCGGCGCAGAUAUCGGCCAGUAUCAGCUCUAACAACAGCAUAGCGGAAGAUACCGAAAGCUAUGAUGACCUGGAUGAGUCUCACACAGAAGAUCUGUCUUCCUCCGAGAUCCUUGACGUGUCCCUUUCCAGGGCUACUGACUUAGGGGAGCCGGAACGCAGCUCCUCUGAAGAGACACUAAAUAACUUCCAGGAGGCUGAGACACCUGGGGCAGUCUCUCCCAACCAGCCCCACCUUCCUCAGCCUCAUUUGCCUCACCUUCCGCAACAGAAUGUUGUGAUCAAUGGGAAUGCCCACCCACACCACCUCCAUCACCACCACCAUGUGCAUCAUGGGCACCACCUCCACCACGGGCACCACCAUCCAUCCCAUGCUGGUGUGGCCAGUCCACCCAUUCCUGGAGGACCACCCUCAAGCCCAGUAUCCAGAAAACCCUCUACAACUGGAAGCUCUGACAGUGUUAUAUCAGCUGCACCAACUUCUGCUGUCUCAUCGGGUGCCUCACCUGCAUCUGUAAUCACUAAUAUCCGUGCUCCGAGUACAACCGGCGGGAUAGGUAUAAAUUCUGUUACUGGCACUAACACAAUGAAUAAUGUGAACGUUACUGCUGUGGGUGGUCUUAAUGCUAAGGUGACAGGCAGCAUGCUCGGUAAUGCUAAUAUAAAUGCAAGUAAUAUUCUUAGUGCUGCUGGUGUGAGUGUCGGGCCUGGAGUUAGCAGCGGUGUUAAUGUGAAUAUUUUGAGUGGCAUGGGCAAUGGUACUAUUUCUUCCUCUGCUGCUGCUAACAAUGUCCCUAAUGCAGCUUCAGGAAUGACUGCGGGGUCAAUUUCGAGUCAGCAGCAACAACCAACAGUGAACACGUCGAGGUUCAGAGUCGUGAAGUUAGAUUCUAGUUCUGAGCCCUUUAAAAAGGGUAGAUGGACUUGCACUGAGUUUUAUGAAAAGGAAAACGCUGUGCCUGCUGCAGAAGGCGUGGUAAAUAAAGUGGUGGAGACUGUAAAACAAAACCCAACAGAAGUGACUUCUGAGAGGGAGAGCACUAGUGGGAGUUCAGUGAGCAGUAGUGUCAGCACAUUGAGUCACUACACAGAGAGUGUGGGAAGUGGGGAGAUGGGAGCCCCUACUGUGGUGGUGCAGCAGCAGCAACCAACCCUUCAAGGUGUGGCCCUUCAGCAGAUGGAUUUCAGUAGCACUGCUCCACAGAGUUUUUCAGCAGUUAGUAUACCGCAGAGUAUUUCUCAGUCACAGAUCUCACAGGUACAAUUGCAGUCUCAAGAACUGAGCUAUCGGCAAAAGCAAGGCCUUCAACCAGUACCUCUGCAAGCCUCUAUUAAUGCUGCAACUGGUAUCCAGCCAUCACCUGUUAGUGUUGUUGGUGUAACUUCAACUUUAGGUCAGCAGCCUUCCAUUUCCAGUUUGGCUCAGCCCCAACUGGCGUAUCCUCAGCCAGCUCCUCCCGUGCAAACUCCCCUUCCAGGGGUACCACCCCAACAGUUACAAUAUGGACAACAGCAACCAGCAGUUUCAACGCAGAUGACCCCAGGCCAUAUUAAAACAGUGACUCAGAAUUCUACUCCAGAGUAUGUGCAGCCGCAGCCAAUCCUUCAAACAGCAGUGCCCUCGGGACAGCCCAGCUCUGCAGGAGUGGGAGCAGGAGCAACAGGGAUCCCUAUGGCUCAACCACAGAGUAUCCAGCUGCCAGUGCAGCCGACAGCAGUCCAAGCACAACCUGCAGGGGUAUCUGGCCAGCCUAUUGGCCAGACUCAAACAGCAGUAUCUGCUGUACCCACUGGAAGUCAUAUUGCAAAUAUUGGUCAGCAAACAAGCAUACCUAUUGCAGUACAGCAGUCCUCUACCCAAGUCACACCUUCAGUUAUUCAGCAAGGUGCUCCUCCAUCUUCACAAAUAGUUCCACCUGCUCAAACUGCAAUUAUUCAUCAGGGAGUUCCAACUAGUGCUUCAAGCCUUCAACAAUUGGUCAUUACACCCCAAAGUACCUUGUUAACUGUGCCUCCCCAGCCACAAGGAGCAGAAUCAGUGGCUCAAGGAGUUGUUUCGCAGCAAUUGCCUGCGGUUAGUCCUCUGCCCUCUGCUAGUAGUAUUUCUGUUACCAAUCAGGUUAGUUCAACUGGUCCUUCUGGAAUGCCUUCUGCCCCAACAAACUUGGUUCCACCACCAAAUAUAGCACAAACACCUGCCACCCAAAAUGGUAAUUUGGUUCAAAGUGUUAGUCAGCCGCCAUUGAUAGCAUCUAAUAUAAAUUUGCCAUUGGCACAGCAGAUACCACUAAGCUCUACUCAGUUCUCAGCACAAUCAUUAGCUCAGGCAAUUGGAAGCCAAAAUGAAGAUGCCAGGCGCCCAACGGAACCCUCAUUAGUUGGCUUACCUCAGACUAUCAGUGGUGACAGUGGAGGAAUGUCAGCAGUUUCAGAUGGGAGUAGCAGCAGCCUAGCAGCCUCUGCUUCUCUUUUCCCGUUGAAGGUGCUACCGCUGACGACACCCCUGGUGGAUGGCGAGGAUGAGAGCUCCUCUGGUGCAAGUGUGGUAGCUAUUGACAACAAAAUCGAGCAAGCUAUGGAUCUGGUGAAAAGCCAUUUGAUGUAUGCGGUUAGAGAGGAAGUGGAGGUCCUCAAAGAGCAAAUCAAAGAACUCAUAGAGAAAAAUUCCCAGCUGGAGCAGGAAAACAAUCUGCUGAAGACACUGGCCAGUCCUGAACAGCUUGCCCAGUUUCAGGCCCAGCUGCAGACUGGCUCCCCACCUGCCACCACACAGCCACAGGGGACCACACAGCCCCCGGCCCAGCCAGCAUCCCAGGGCUCAGGACCAACCGCAUAGCCUCCCAUGCCACCGCAGAACUGGUUGCUGCUGUCUGAACUGAACACACCCGUGAAGAUGUUCUAGGGGGAAAUCCACCUCCACCAUCACCCAUUUCAUUGCUCGCUGUGAAAGAGAUGUGAGACUGACAUAUGCCAUUAUCUCUUUUUUUUUUUUCUUCCAGUAUUAAAACACUCAUAUGCUUUUGGCUUGAAGAAAUUUCCUAGUUGGGUGAAUUAAAGGUUAAUCAGAGAAUAAGCAUGGAUGUACUGGGACCUCAUACGGCUUGGCAGAUGAUGUGAGAAGUGGUUUAAUUCAUGCUGAGGAGCUGUGUGCCUUUCCACCCGUCUCUUCUCCCUGCCCUCACUUCCAAGCCUUCUCUCCUGCUUGCAUGUAUCAUGCCCAAUGGGGUUGUGAAGCAGUGGCCUACCACUGGACUUUCCUCUCUCCCCAUGCGGAACUUGAAAGGGAGGUGAAAAUAAAGACUGCUGCGUAGUUUCACCCAAAAUGAGGGGAAAACGUAGUUCAUCGUAUAGAUUGACGACUGUCACAAAAUCCAUAAAACAAACAAUAGUCCCGUGCCUCUUUCUGAAACAGUGGAUGACACAAAACUAUUAGUCACUAAAUGGUGACAGCUGGGACCUAGGCUAUCUUACUAUGAAGGUUGUUUUGCUUAUUGUAUAUUUGUGUAUGUAGUGUAACUAUUUUGUACCAUAGAGGACUGUAACUACUAUUUAGGUUGUACAGAUGAAAUUCUUUAGUUGUUUCAUUUGGCUGUCUGAAAAGGUGUUGGGAUGUCUUUUAUAUAGUGAUCUACAAAAAAAAAAAAAUGUUACAAGAAGAAACCACACCUAAAGACAUUUUAAGAAUUUGGCACAGUUAGUCACUUUGUGUAAUCGAAAUCUAGCUGCUGAAUAUCUUGAAGUAAAUCCCUGUUUACUGAUGUCUUUCGAUUGAGCUGGUUGAAUACUCUUGAGACUUAUCAGUUCUAGCUGAUGAAAUGGGUUUCCCAGUAGAAGUUUCUGCAUAUUACCUGUAUAGUAGUUUAUGCAUUAUGUUUCUGUGCAUGUUCUCUACACAGUUGUAAGGUGUCACUGUAUUUAACCGUUGCACUUGUCAACUUUCAAUAAAGCAUAUAAAAUGUUGAUAAA